AUGGCGACGGGCCCCGCCAAGGAGGAGAUCGCGGAGAUCUUCAAGUCUUUCAAGAAUGCACACAAAGCCAACAAGGUGUGCUUUGACUGCGGAGCGAAGAACCCUACGUGGGCGAGCGCGACGUUCGCCGUGUACAUCUGCUUGGACUGCUCGUCGGUGCACCGCAACAUGGGUGUGCACAUCACCUUUGUCCGUUCGACGAACCUCGACUCGUGGUCCUGGCCGCAGCUGCGCCUGAUGAAGGUCGGCGGAAACGGCGCGGCGAGCGACUUCUUUGCGGCACACGGCGGCAGCGCGCUCCUCGCGCCGUCGACCGAGGGCAAGGUCAAGUACACAUCGCAGGUCGCGGCACUCUACAAGGAGGAGCUGCAGCGCCGCGCGCUCCAAGACGCCGCAGGGCUCGGCCUCAGCACGCCGUUUGCCAUUCCGGGAGUAACGCAGCUGGGCGCGCGCGCGGCGCAGAGCAACGAGGUGGACUUUUUCGACGAGUGGGACGCGCCGGCGCAGCCCGCCGCUUCGGCGGGCGCUGUGCCCGCGCCGCCGAUCGCCGAGACGCCGCUCGCAGACGUGGUCGAGCCGGCGGUCCCUGCGCCGGCGCCUGUGCCGGCUCCGGCGCCCCGCCCAGUGACCUCGGCGGCGCUCCGUGGCCAGGCCCAAGGCGCGCCGCGCCGCGCGGGUGCGCUGGGCGCGGUGCGCUCGACCAACAGCCCCUCUCUCGGCGCCAAGCCGGGCAAGCUGGGCCUUGGCGUGCGCAAAACGGGCACGACGGGCGCCUUUGACUUUGACGCGGCCGAGCGCCGUGUCAAGGAGGAGCAGGCGCAGGCCGCGCAGGCCGCCGAGGCCGCGCGGCACGCGCAGGAGGCCGCGGACGCUGCCGCGAAGGAUGAGGCGCAGCGCCAGGCCGCGCUCCAGCCCGAAGCGCCGGCCGCUGCGCCCGCGCCCACGCCUGCGCCGCGUAUCGAAAAGGCGGGGCCUACGAAGCAGGCCGGUGUCGACCGUCUUGGCAUGGGCUUCUCGCGCCUGGGCCUUGCGCAGGCCCGCUCCAAGGCGGCGCUCGAAAAGGCGGCGGCGGCCAAGAAGGAGAGCCUCGCCGAGGCCGAAGAGACCAACUAUGCCCGGACGCAGUUCUCGUCGCAAAAGUCCAUCUCUUCCGACCAAUACUUCCAGCGCGGGGGCUACGACUCGAAUGCCUCUUCCGAGUCCCAGGCACGACUCGCCAACUUCCAGGGCCAGACGUCCAUCUCCUCGAACCAGUACUUUGGCCGCGAGGAGGAAGAGGACGAGGGGUACGAGCCGCCGGAGCGCGACGACUUUGCCGAGCUCGAGGCGUCGGCCAAGGCAUACUACCAAAAGUUUAUGUCGAACCCUGACGUGCAGCAGGGCAUCGAAUCGUUCCGCGCCGGCGCGAUGAAGCUCUCGCAGUACCUCGAGGACAUGAGCCGCAACGGGGCGUAG